GUCCUGGACGUGAACACGGCAGCACCUCGGGCCCUCGUGCAUCCCCGCCGGACUGUCAUGCUCCACAUCCCGCGUCUCGUCCUGCUGUCCAGCCUCAUCCCGCAUGUCCUGGGCUCGUGGGGUGUCACGUACCCCGCAUCCGUGCAGGGCCUGAUGGGCUCCUGCGUGGUCGUGCCCUGCACCUUCAGCUACCCCGACAGCGUCUCGGCCAGCGCCGGCAUCGUGGCCAUCUGGUACCGGGACUACAACGGUGACAAGACAGUGGUCUAUCACUCGGCGUCCCCGGGGGAGGUGGACGGCCGGUUCGGGGACCGCUCCCGGCUCCUGGGGGACCUGGCCGCGCACAACUGCACGCUGCUGCUCACGGACGUGACACCCCAGGACAGCGGCAGCUACCGGUUCCGCUUCGAGAUCAUCGGCGGGGACCGCUGGUCGGCGGCGCAGGACGUGCUGCUGAGCGUGGCGGAGCGCCCCGAGCAGCCCAGCAUUGCGGCCAGCGAGGAGGUGUCCGAGGGCGCCGCCACCACCUUGGACUGCUCGGCUCCCUACGCGUGCCCCCUGGGCGGCGCCGGCCUGCGCUGGCGCGGCUACGACGCGCGGCUCGCCACCGUGGCCACGGGCAUGCGGCUGGACACGGGCGGCGUGCUGCUGCGCCAGAGCCUCACCACCGCCUUCUCCUGGGCGGACCACUCCAGGAAGCUGCUCUGCGAGCUCUCCCUGGGCUCCAGGACGGCCACGCGGGAGCUCGUGCUGCACGUGAGGCACGCACCGCGGGGCAUCACGGCUUCCGUGCAGCCCUCCGCGCGGAACAUCCGCGUGGGCGACGCCGUGUCCCUCGCCUGCGCCGUCAACAGCAGCUACCCGCCCGUCAGCGCCUACCGCUGGUACAAGGACGGCGCGGCCGUGGGCGCCGAGCGGCUGCUCACCCUGCAGCACGUCCGUCGCGAGGACUACGGGCGGUACCACUGCGAGGCCGAGAACGCCGUGGGCGCUGCAGCGGCGCCCGCCCUCACCCUCUUUGUCUUCUCUGCAGAGGUGUCGGUGAGCCCCGCGGCCGAGGUGCGGGAGGGCACCAUGGCCACGCUGUCCUGCGACGUGCCCGGCAGCGAGAGCCAAGAGCUCAACUACACGUGGUACAAGAACAGCGCGUGGCUCCAGGAGGGCCCCGCUCGCGCGCUCGUGUUCCACAGCGUGGCCGCCGGCGACGCGGGCUACUACCUGUGCAAGGUGCGCAAUGACCUGGGCAGCGUCACAUCGCCAGCCGUCAGCCUCAGCGUCACCUAUCCCCCCCGGACGCCCAGCAUCGCCCUGUUCCAGGAGGCUGCGGACGGCCAGCUGGCCAUCGUGCACUGCACCGUGGACAGCCACCCGGCGGCCACCUUGUCCCUGUUCCACGAGGGCGACCUGGUGGCCACGAGCAGCUCGCACGGGGCGCCGGGCGGGCGGCUCCGCGUGGCCGCGGCGCGCAAUGCCCUGCGGCUGGAGCUGCGCGCCGUGGCGCCCGCCGACAGCGGCGAGUACCGCUGCACGGCCCGCAACGCGCUCGGCAGCGCCGCCGCCGCCAAGGCCUUCGUGGCCCGCACCGCACGGGUGCUGAUGCAGCCCGCAGCCGAGGUGCGCGAGGGCGACGCCGUGACGCUGACGUGCGAGGCCGCCCGUCCCGCCGCCACCUACGCCUGGUACAAGAACGGGCGGCAGCUGCCGCGGGGCUCGGCCGCGACGCUGCUCUUCCCCUCCGUCGGCGCCGAGGACGCCGGCGCCUUCCACUGCCAAACCAGCAGCGGUGACACCGCGGCGCCCGUGUCCCUGCGCGUGCUCUUCCCUCCCCGGCCGCCCGUGCUGCGCUCCUUCGUGGAGAGCCAGGGCGGGCGCGUGGGCAUCAUCGAGUGCACGGUGCAGAGCGAGCCGGAGGCGCAGCUGACGCUGCUGCGUGGGCGCGAGGCCGUGGCGUGCACGGGGGGCUGCGGCGCCGCCCCCCGCCCGCGCCUCCGCGCCGCCCCCGCCUACAACAGCCUGAGGCUGGAGAUCCGCGACGUGGUGCUGCAGGACGAGGGCACCUACGUGUGCGUGGCCAGGAACGGCCAAGGCAACGCCAGCGCCUCCGUGGGCUUCACGGCGCACAGUGCCUGGGUGCAGGCGGAUCCCUCCUGGCGCGUGCUGGAAGGCCAGGCCGUCAACCUGAGCUGCCGCGUGAGCUCCGCCGCGCCGCCCAACGUCACCUGGUACCGGAACGGCCGCCAGCUGCCCCAGGCCGCGGCCGCAUCCCUGGCAUUCCCGCGCGUGGCCCGCGGCGAUGCCGGCCUCUACCACUGCAAAGCAUCCGCCGGCGGGAUCAGCCGCAGCGCCGAAGCGCUCAGCCUGGAUGUGAUGUACCCUCCGCGGGAGCCGCGGGCGACCGUCCUGCUGGAGACGCAGCGCGGGAGGCUGGCCGUGUUCCAGUGCGCCGUGGACAGCAACCCCGCUGCGCAGCUGGACCUCUACAAGGGCGACGAGCUGGUGGCCUCCAGCGCGCCAGGCAGCGGCCACAGCCCGCGGGUCGGCGUCACGGCGGCGCCAAACACCCUGCGAGCCGAGGUGCGGGACGUCACGCCGGCGGACGAGGGCAGCUACCGCUGCACGGCCAGCAACGCGCACGGCAGCGCCUCCCAGCACCUCUAUUUCCGCGUGCAGACGGCCAGAGUCCUUGUGGCGCCGUCCACGGAGGUGACAGAGGGCAGCGAUGUCUCCCUGACGUGCGACUUGCUCGGGGAGCCACCGCAGGACACCGUCUACUCAUGGUUCAAGAACAGCAAGCAAGUGCAGGAGGGCUCGGACAACCUCCUCGCCCUGCCCCGCAUCUCCAGCGAGGCCGCGGGCUCCUACCACUGCAAAGCGCACAGUGCCACCGGCGCCAGCACCAGCAUCUCCCCAUCCAUCAGCCUGCGCGUCUUCUACCCGCCCCGGCAGCCCGUGCUGACCUCCUUCCUGGAGACAGCGCAGGGGCAGCGGGGCGUCCUGCAGUGCUCCGUGGACAGCAGCCCCCCGGCCACGCUGGAGCUCCUCAAGGGCCACGUGCUGGUGGCUUCCAGCGCCCAGCGCCAGCCCGCGGGGGCCUCGCGCCUCGCCGUGGCCUCCUCGCUCAACAGCCUGCGCCUCACCAUCCACGCCGUGGUGAUGGAGGACGAAGGGGAGUACGUGUGCCGGGCCCGCAAUGCCCACGGCAACGCCAGCACCGUGGGCAGCUUCGUGGCGGGAACUGCCAGGCUCUGGAUGUCCCCGUCCCCGGAGGUCCGCGAGGGCGACGCCGUGAACAUGACGUGCGCGGUGGCCCGCGGCGGCGGCGCGGCGCCGCUCAACUACACCUGGCUCAAGGACGGCGCCUGGCUGAGCGCCGGCCCCGACCCGCGGCUCGUCCUGCCCCGCGUGCGCGCAGCCGACGCCGGCACCUACCGCUGCACCGUGGAGAGCCCCGAGGGCGCCCGCAGCUCGGCCCCCCGCACCCUCGACGUCCUCUCCGUGCGCGUGGUGGUGCGGCCGGCGGCCGAGGUGCCCGAGGGCACGGCGGUGACGCUGAGCUGCGAGGCGCCCGGCGCCGCCCCGGCCACCCUCUACACCUGGUACAAGAACACGCGGUGGGUGACGCAGGGCCCCGGCGCCGCGCUCGCCCUGCGCCGCGUCUCGCCCGCCGACGCCGGCGCCUACUCCUGCGAGGCCGGCACGGGCACCGGCGCCCGCCGCGCGCCGCCCACCGCCCUGCGCGUGCUCUGUAAGCUGGGACCAUGA